AUGUAUGUGAAAUGGUUUGAUACAGUAAUGUUUUACUAUGUGAUUUUAGUGAAUUUAGUGAAUGUCACUUUUUGUCAUUUUCAAAUUUUCCGCCAGUUCCGUCCCCCGUACAUCCCGACGUCGCAGGGAACGGAACCCAGAAUACAGAUGCCAGCAUCCGGCGGAGGACAUUACAGGGGAGCGCAGGACAAGGUAAGAGAAGAACAGAUCCUGGAUCAACGCCGCAUGGUAAGCCCGAGUGUAGCUCGGGGUUACCGCUUGUGCUACACUCGGGAAUACCGCCAGGGAGGCUAC